GUGACCAAAUGGUGAAAGUCCUAGUAGAACUGAGCUACUCCCAACAACAGGCAUAUUGAUUUUCUGAUCCAAGAACGUCAGAACAAUCAAGAAGUCUGAGAACAAAAGUUGAGCCAACAGUUAGAUGAACUCAGACUACGCUACGAGCAAGAUAUGCUUAAUAAGAUUCAAAAUAAAGACUCAGAGAUUCAGCAACUACACAGUUAUUAUCAGAAAGAAAACGAAGGACUGCAACAAAGUAUUGAAAUCCUUACUGAAGAGAAAAAGUGUAUCGAGGAAGAUUACGAAGUAUUGAGCAAAUCUCUGAAGAACCAUGAGGAGUACACAUAUGAAGAGUUUAAUAGCCUACAUGAUGAUGAACAAAAUAAAAUCAAACCUGAAGCUAAAAUGAGAUUGCACCUAGAUCAGUGGGAAAAUAUUCAAUUACUCAGAAGCUUGAAAAAGAGAAUGCCAGAGAUAUAUCGUUUAGCUAUUCAUAAUAUGCCAUCUAAAUGUGAGGAAGUGAGAAAACUACUCUUAGAAAAUUUUCCUGCCAGAGUCCAAGUUUUUAAUUUCAAUUAUUAUUCUUACCCAUCAGGAGUCAGCCCCUUUCUAUCUAUCUACAAGAGAGAACUGAUAAUAAUUAGUCAGAGAGUUCUCAAGGACUGUUAUAUUUAUAACUUUAAAAUAUGACAGUCAGACCUAAUUAUUCUUUUGUCGAAAUAUAAGCAUGUAAAAAUAUUUGGAUUUAUUGAUUGCCAACUUGAGAACCUCCCUAAUUUGAAGUUUGAUGAAGAUUUUAAAGAUUGCCUUAAAGAAACCAAUUUGAUCAAAUUUGAUCUUAAUCGAUGUUUCACAACAACAAUUGGUGAUUGGGCUGACCACAGUUACUUCGAAAAUCUUAUAAGAAGAUUGGGUAGAGAAAAGGAUUUUGUGGAAAAACUUAGGAUGAUAGAACUUGAGGGAUGUGGGAUGCACGAACACGAAAUCAGAACUAUUCUAAAUGAAAAUGGGUUUGAAAAGGCAAAAAUUAUUAUAUAAGAGGACGAACAUCUAUAUCUC